AUGCCGAGCCGAGUUGCCCGCGCCGAUGCGCCCGCUUCCAGGACCGCUACAGAUAUCUACAAUCUCCCUAGCGAGGAAACAAAAGCAAGACAAUCGAAAGCUCAGGGAAAAGUGAAGAAAGCACUCUCUGUGAGCGAAGAAGAGGAUGAGGACUCGACAACUACCUCCUCGGAGGAAGAGUCUUCAAGUGAAGAAGAGAGCAGCAGUGACGAGGAAAAGGCCGUGAACAAGUCGAAAAAAGCUCCUUCUCAGGUUACGAAACCCCAGACACAGACAGCCAGCUCUAGCUCCGACUCGGAAAGCUCAGAUUCUGAGGAAUCGAGCGAGUCGGAUUCUGAAUCUGAGCAGGAGGCAGUAAACAAUGUAGAGGGCAACGCCAAAGCGUCCAGCAGCUCUGAUGCCGACUCUAGUGAUGAUGAGUCUGAUUCGGAGCCUAGCACCCAGGCAAAGGCCAGCUCCUCCAUCGUUUCGAAGGUCUCAAGGAAACCUGAAAUGACAACACAUACCCUCAACGAGCCCACCCCUACCGUAAUUGAGGGCGUCUUCAAGCUCCAACAACCGAAGAGCCUAGGUCAGAUCGCCCGCGUAUUUGAGUCCGCUGAAAGAGAAGGGAGCAAGCUCUGGGUCCUCACACAUUCAUCAUCAACCCCGCUCAACCUUGAGAUCCAGAAGGUUGUGCCGGCUGCGGGUCCUUAUGCGAGUGCUAUUGUGUCAUCCGAUGCCAAGAUCACGGUGCCCCGUUUGAAGGAUGGCGAUAGCUAUCACUUGAUCUCUAGUUGCCAAAGCAUUAACAUCAUCCAGACCGCCGAUGACGGUGCGGGCGCUUCGUUUGAGACCCUGACGCCCCUGAGGGUGCCAAGGUUCCCAAAGCCGCCCCAAGGCAGCCUGUGGGCUUCCAAGAAGGACAAGAAGCAAAAGAAGGACAAGCAAGAGAGGGCUGUGGACUCGGACCAACAAAAGCAACUAGCUGAGCGACCCAAGAAGAAGCGCAAGGGCACUAGCCCCGCGCCCGAAACGGAAAUUACUGCGUCUAGCCAGCCUACUCAACCCCAGUCCGCUAACGAAGAGAUUGAAGCGCUGAGGACCAGGCUUGCUCUACUCGAGCAGCAAAAAACUAGUGAAGGUACCGGCGAUAAGAAGAGCAAGAAGGAAAAGAAGGAAAAGAAGGAGAAGAAGGAGAAGAAGAGCAAGAAAGAGGCCAAACUGGAUCCAGAGAAUGCCGAUGCGGCACCGAAGGAAACUCCGAGGUCGAAGAACAAGGUCAAGUUCGCAGACGACCAAGAUCAUGCGCGCCUCUCGCAAACCCCUGUGCCACUGCCCCAAAUACCAGGUUCUGCCAAGGCUGAGUCUAAUGCUAAGAAUGCGAAGCGGCACCGCAGGGAGCCUAAAAAGGUCACCCCCGUCCCAACUCCCGUUAUCCCCGGAAUGCCUUAG